AUGGAAGCAGCGCUGCGCGCCAACAUCGUCCAGGACGGCAUCAGCAUCAUGAUGGAACCGCAACUACAGUGGAGCGCCACGAUCUACACCCUGGCCGAACCCUCCAAGCGCGAAGCCACCCAGGGAUCUCCGGCUACGGCACACACGCCCCAAACCCAAGCUACGACUGCGGCAGAGCGCGCGUCCUCAGCGGCCCCGGGACAACAAGCUUCUCCGCGAAUCAACUCUGCAGCAACAGAAUCUGGGCUCUACGUCGACGCCCCCUUCGACGGAACAACGGCGAUAGCAAACGCCUGCGCCAUUACCUCCAUGUCUGUCCUUUUAACCUUCGCCGGCAUGCCCCUCCUCACCUCCGUAGGCCAGCUCUUCGUCGACAGACCCCAUGACUGGUUCCGAGCAUCGCCCCGCGAGCUCGUGCGCCGCCCGAGAGAGGGGUUAAACUUCUUUGAACUGGGAACCGAUACGUGGCUCGCCAUGUCGUCGGUUCUCGUUGUCAUUGUUGGCGGGCUUGCGCUGGGCAAUAUGAUCGAUGUAUACCGCGAGCGGGCGGACGCGGUGUUUGAUGUUGAUUGGGCGUGUCAUGGAGGCCUUAUCCGGACGUUGGGGCCGGGAGGCCGGUAUGGCUGGCGCAGAUGUGGUUUGGGGCAUAAUUGUGGUGAGUUGGUUUUGGUCUUGGAUUGUGGUCUUUGUCUGAUGGGGUGGAGACGAUAG